AUGCCUACGAUGAGAACGAGGGGGAAAUGUUCAGUACCCGCCACGAACCCUAAUCCAACAGUCGGAGGAGACUCAAACGUCUCGAUCUACGAGAAAUGCAGGCAAGAGAGGAUCAAGGAGAAUCUCCAGAGGAUGCAGAAUCUCGGCAUCUUGGAUCUCUCCCUCAAACUCAAAUCCGAUACCCGACCCGUUAAACGGCAAUACCGUAAAGCUAAUUCGGAUCCGGAUCGAGAUACGUCUCCUCUUCAGCUUUCCGUCUCCACCAGACGAUCCUCUAGAUUGAAGAAGGAAACGCCAGUUGCUCGACGAUCCUCAAGAUUGAAGAACGCAACGCCAGUUACAUACUUCGAGGGAGCUGAAAAAAAGAAGGGGAAAGCACCUAAAGAAGAGAUUUUGUGGCUCGGAGAAGGCGAAAGGCCAGAGAUUUACACUGAUGAGCAUGAGAAGCUUCUAGGUAACACUGACCGAGUCUGGGAGCUUUUUGUAGAUGGUUAUGACAAAGAUGGGAAACGUAUCUAUGAUCCUGUUACAGGAAAGAGCUGCCACCAGUGCAGGCAGAAAACGCUUGGCUAUCGUACACAAUGCAGCGAGUGUCACCCAUCGGUUGCUGGUCAGUUCUGUGGAGACUGUUUGUACAUGAGAUAUGGAGAACAUGUGCUUGAAGCUCUGGAGAAUCCGGACUGGAUUUGUCCUCGCUGUCGCGGGAUCUGCAACUGCAGCUUCUGUCGUAAACACAAAGGGUGGUUGCCUACAGGCGCAGCUUACAGAAAGAUAUGUAAGCUAGGGUACAAGUCUGUUGCACAUUAUCUGAUUCAAACCAACAAGCAGUCAGAAACAAGUGAGGAUGGGGAAACUGAUGAUCCAUCUCCAUCCCAAGCUUCUACAAAGGCAUCUUCAUCAGAAGAAGAUGAUCUUCAUCUCGAGAUCACUGAUGGGCUUGAGGACCAUGGCAUUGAUGAUGAAGAAGGCGCAAACAAGAAUCCGGAUUCAGAUAGGGAGAAACAAACUUCAAUGAUUGAUGAUGUUGUUGUAGGUGAUGUCAAGGCAUUAGAGAUGGAUCCAGCAACUCCUGUGAUCGUUGAUGUUGAGGAAUAUUACGCAAAGAAAGAGAAGAAGGGAGAGACGAGCAGGAGCAAGAGAAAGAUGUCUGUUGAGCCAAACCCAAAUAGUAUUGGUGGAAGACUGAGGCAGCGUCGUAAGAGUCAAGCUUCUUGA